AUGGCGGACGACGGGGACUAUGCGGCCCCUCCGAUCCGACUGAUGACCUUCGUCUCCCAGGAAGAAGUGCGUACACCUGCCUCAAUCCCUCCAUCCGCCCUCCCGGAGCUUCCAAUUCGAGGGACCCGUUAAACCCUAGCAUCUUUCGAAUUGUGAAAUUGCAGUUGGAGCGUUCGAAGAAGGCGAGGGGUGAGCGGGUGGACGAUGGCACUGCUCAGAGAGACAGACCCUUGUACGAGGUAUUCGAAACCUAGAUCCUCGCCUGACGCCUCUGAUUGUUCCUUCACUUUUGCUUGGAUUCCUGCUGUCCGUCUUUGUUUGGCAUUGUAAACGAGGCGAUCUCUCAGUGACAUUUCUUUGUCGAUCUCCGUGAUUGAACGUAUAAAAAUGGAAAGGAUGAGGGAUUCUGAUCCAGUGAAUGCAGGAGGUUAAACUCUUUUUCGAGCAGGAAGGCUCUUCGAUGUCUUUUUCAGUUUCGGAGCCUGAUGUCUAGGGUUGGUGAAGCUGAUGAACAGGUGAUUCAUCUGGGCAUGGUAGCUGACAGCCAGUAGUUGGCUGAUGUAACCAAUCAGGCUUACAUCUCCCAAAAUCCUGGGCAUGGACCAUGGUUCGCCUGCAUAUUUCAUGUGAAACGCUCGGUCAUGAUUUGUUUGUGUUCAUAUUUUCUGACAUCUGAAUCGGAAGGCAGAAGAUCAUCUUUUUUGGCGUGUAUAUUUGAGUUCAUAUAAUCUCCCUGAUCCAGAGCGCCUCUUGAAGCCAUCUAUUGGCGGUCACCGUCAGAAGGGAGUUUUCUGGGUUCUUCUUCUCACAGUAAAAUCCUUGUUCUUGCAGAUUUUAAAAGAGAACAAGGAGAAGAAAGACACAGAGUUUAACGAAAGAUUCAAGCACAGUAAGUGAUCCGAUCAUCGGAUGGAUGCCCUCCGGACUGGUUUCCUUUCAAGAUUUUGUGGUGCCCCCUUUUCUUUUCUUAUUUUUCUUCCUUUUAUUAAUCUUUAUUUGCAAAUACAAUGCUUUUAUCCUGAACCUCUUCGAUCCGAGUGCUUAACAUUUGUUAAUCCCCGUAACAAGCUGAGGUGUUUUGCUUUCAUCGGAGCACUAAAAGCAUACAUUUUAUGAAGUAGAGCAAACAUAUUCGUUUAGAAUCUAUUUUUUAAAUAUUUUAUUUACUUCUGUGAACAUACAGAGCAGUUGGAUAUGCUUUAUAUUCAAUCACGAAUUUCUGUCCUUUUCCCUUCUAUUCAAUCCCAGGACCCCCCAAAGCUCUUGACGAGGAUGAGAUGGAGUUCUUGGACAGGUUGGAGAAGGUAGGAGGCAUCCACCAGCCGGCAGCUAGUAACUAGGUUCCCGAGCAAUAAUCGUUUCGAUUUCAUAAGAAUUAACGGGUCUUAUAAAAAAAUUAUUUUUUGAGAAUUUAUUUCUGCCAACUUCGAUGACAUCGGUUUGAGCUCUCCCAAGUCAAACCAUAAUCUGGUCUUUAGAUGUUACAUUUUCCUAUGUUGGCUGCUACAAAACAAGAAAAAAAGAAAAAUGACAGGCAGCUGGGAAGUGAAGAAAUCGACCAAAUUCUUCUAAAGUGUGGUAUCUUUGAUCGAAUUUUCUUUCUUUUUUUUCUCCUUUUUCGAUUCUUCGAUGUCUGUUGGUAGUUUGUUUUUUUUUUUCCUUUUCUUUUCUUUUACCUCAGCUUAUUCCGAGCCCUUUUGUGUGCAGUCCAGGAAGGAACACGAGCGCCAGGUGGCGGAUGAAGAGGAAGAAGAACUCCAAAGAUUCCGGGUGAGCCCCCGAAACCCACCCUCAUUCUCGAUCCAAAAAACUGGAAAAAUCUCCCGUGAAGAUCAAACCCAGGCUCACCCGAGCUUCCGGGCUUCAAAUUUCUGGGCUUUUUUCAGCCCCUUCAAACUCCGGGCUUUUUGGAGCCCGUCAACUUCUGAGUCUCCGAUCUCUUCAGUUGAGCCCGACCAUGUUUUAUUUUGCUCCAAGAAAUCAUAAUCUCAGGCCCUUUCCCAUCACAGAAAGCUGUAGAGGCGCAGUCCGCCAUCCACGAGCUCAAGGAGGCCCCUCCGCCCCCCAAGCCAGAGGUAAGCCCAGCCCGCAUUAAUUAGUCCCGUAUCAAUUUCCCAUUAUAGUUUCGAUCACCCCACUUAGCUCAGCAGCAGGGCCCGCCCAGCCCGGCCCGGCCCGAGCUAAUGAUCCAAUUGUUUGGAUUCUUCAGGACCCGAAGCCGGGCCCGAAGAAGAGCCAGCCGGCCCGGCCACUUGGUGGCCUAAUAAUUUCAGCAAAGCCGCCGGCGGCAAAGAGGGCGAAGCCAGAGGCCGCCGCCGCCGCCUCCUCCGCCGCCUCCUCCGCCGCCCGCUCUCCUCUUCCUGGAGCAGGAGAGAAGCCACAAUUUUCUUUGGUGUCAUAUGGUGAUGAGAGUGAAGAGGAUUAA